AUGCAGAACAGCCCCGUGCUUGUCAUGGGCUCGUCCCGCUGCCCUACGCAGAUGCAGUUCUACACGCCGAGCAGCACGAACCUCUUCGUCCGCUACCUGCCCCGCGAGGUGGACGACAACCGUCUGCGCGAGAUCUUCUCCGCCUUCGGCAACAUCACCUCGUCGAUGGUGAUGCGCGACAUCUACAGUGGCCAGAGCCUUGGAACGGCGUUUGUGCGCUACGAGGAGCACGAGGAGGCGCUGCGCGCGAUGCGUGAUGCCCACGGGAUGCCGCUGCUGGGCAAGACGGUGUCUGUGCAGUGGGCGAAGCAGCAGCACGACGACACGCCAGCUGGGCAGGAGCGGCUGAGGAUGAACAAGCUGUUCCUGCGCAACGUGCCGCUGGAGGUGACGGAGGAGGACCUGGUCCAUCUUGUGAGCCCCUACGGCUCUGUGAGGAAGGUGACGAUGCACAAUGACACAGCCCCACUGAUCGACGCGACGGAGCGCCGCCGCAUCGUCUUCAUCACCUUUUCCGAGCAAGGCGCUGCAGAGGCUGCGCUGCUUGCGGUGCACAACACCUGUGCCUUCCACCAGUGCCGUGGCAUCCCGCUGAUGGGGAAGCUGAUCAACGACGCCGUCAAGUCAAAGAGGCACCGCAUGAACGCUACUCGUUACCACAACAUCCCCACCGAAUUUGCCACCAACAGCCCGGCGACCGCUUCUGUGCGUUCCUCUCGCUUGGCUGUCGCGCCGCUUAAUGCUGCAGACAUAAUGAAUGUGACGCGAAAGAUGUCGCUGGAGUCGUUUACUCCAUCACAAGUGCCCCAGUUCAUCUCUUCUUCCGAGGAGUCUGUGGCAAACACGCCAAGUCGCUCUUGCGGUGGCUUGCAGUGGGACAUGGCGGCAGUGUUGCACUCGCGUGCUUCCCCGGCGGCGGUCCCUCGGCCGAGCGGCUGCGACUCCUCGGACUCAUCCCUGCCGCGCAGCAGCAGUGACGUGAGCUACAGCUCGCGCUUUUGUCACAACCCGUACUCAAUGUUAGGUGAGAAGACGUAUGUGUAA